UGCCUUACUGUUGAUAAAAUGCAGUGAGCAAAUGGCCAAUGUUCGCCAAGCACUCUGGCUGUUGUUGUCCCUUCAGCUCUCGCUUCUGUCUACCGUCAUUUCUCCUCACUUUUGGAAUUCAGAAGUAGGCUAAAUGUCUCUCACGCUUAUCCUGAUUUCCAUAAUUAUUUACAGCGCAAAAAUGGACAAUUUCAGCGGGUUUUAACGGGCCCGCUACGCUGGAAGCAAUGGUAAGUGCCUACCUGCAGUACAUCGCGUGUAGAUAGAUAGAUAGCCUUUUAUUGUCAUUCAGACCGAAGUCUGAACGAAAUUGCAGCAGUCAUACAUAUAAUACCAUACAAUAAACACAGAUUAACAUCCACCACAGUGAGUCCACCCAGCAUCUCCUCACUGUGAUGGAGGCAAAAGUCUUAGGGCUGCAGUCUCUUCCCUCCUCUGGUCCCUCUGCGCUGGGGCGAUAACCCCCCGGGGCGAUGUUAAGAACAGUCCCGCGGCUCAAACCCCGCGGCCCGGGGUGGAUGAAGUUGCCGUCCACCAGUCCUGCAGACACAGUUGCUGGCCCGUGGCCACCACCGCCAGAACACCGUCCCAGCCACCCUCACCGGACUUUGUUGGAGCAGAAGCAGAAGCGCCGGCGCCAGGAGCCGCUGAUGGUGCAGCCGAGCGGGGAUGGCCGCUGCCGGGCCAGGCGAGCCCACCAGUCCGAGGAGCAGGCGCCGCUCGUCGAGUCUUACCUCAACAGCAACGGCAGCAUCAUCUACCACGCGGUACAGGAGACUGAACGCCAGGAUGUAACAGUUACAUCAGAAGUGCAACCUCCAAAAGCUGCUAAAAAAUCCAAGCCCUCAGCUGCAGGCUCACAAUCUGCUGGCAUGAAGAAGGAGAAAAAGGGCAAACCGAAAGGGAUCGAUGGGCCGGCUGCCUUCCAGGACGAUGUCCAGGAGGUUGAGAGUCAGGUCCAGAUUCUGACUGUGGGUCAGUCGAGCAACGAGGAGGAAGAUGGAGACACGGCUGCCAGCGGGCAGCAACCGCAGAGGCAGGACCUCCGCACAACCAUGCAGAUGAAAGGCAUCUCCAGCAGCAUGAACUUUGAUGAGGAGGAGGAUGAGGAGGAUGAGGUUAGUUCCAGCUCGUCCCAGGUGAAUUGCAACACCCGGCCUGGCUCUGCCUCCAGCAAGAAGUCCAACAAGGAGGCUGCCUCGGUCUCCACCCCGCCGGCCGAGGUUCUGGUGAACGUGGGGGACCUGGAGGAGUUUGGCGUGAGACCGGCUCCACAAGGAGUCACCGUCAAAUGCCGGAUCACCAGGGACAAGAAGGGCAUGGACCGCGGGUUGUACCCAACCUAUUACCUUCAUCUCGAGAGGGAUGAUGGCAAGAAGGUGUUCUUAUUGGCAGGAAGGAAGAGGAAGAGGAGCAAGACAUCAAAUUACCUCAUCUCCAUCGACCCCACCGACCUGUCGCGAGGAGGGGAGAGCUUCAUCGGCAAGCUCAGAUCAAAUCUCAUGGGCACCAAGUUUACAGUGUAUGAUAACGGAGUGAAUCCAGAAAAGGGAACUGCCAGUGUAGAUGCAUGUAAUCUGCGCCAAGAGCUGGCAGCUAUAUGCUAUGAAACCAAUGUUCUGGGCUUCAAGGGACCUCGGAAGAUGAGUGUAAUCAUUCCCGGCAUGAACAUGGACCAUGAGAGAGUGUGCAUUCAGCCUCGCAAUGUAAGUUGGGCCUGAGUGGCGCGGAUGUAAAGCCUGGUCUACCUUCACAACAGGAGGGUGGCUGAGGCAAGGGCAGACUUUGCAAUGGUCACAAAGCCAAGGGUGUGACUCGUUUACCAGGAGAGCAACAAAUGCCCCCACACCAAUAACAAACUCUGCUGAGACUGAAAGCAGGUUAAGGAACAACACCUCACAUUCUCCUUUGGUAGGUUACAACCCAAUGAUAUCAACACUGAAUCCUCCAAUGUAAUAAUCUCUCCCCUCCCCCUGGGCCCAAUCACCGUGCACACCCAUUACUCGCACUAGUCGGUGGCGCCGUGCGAUGGCAGCCUCGCCUACAGUCUGUCUCGUCCUUUUCUGAUUUUGUUUUUAGUCUGUUAUUGAAUGUAUGUUUUAGUGCAGCUUUAGUUUUGUAUUAUGUGGGGGGUGGGGGAAACUAUUUUAAUCUCUCUCCUCGAUGGAGAUGGGAUUUUUUCCGUAUCGUAUCUCCAUCCGCACUGCGGCCUAACAUCGUGGAGCUGGCGGUCCCUUUGCUGGGGACCGACUUCGGGAGCUCCAACCACAGGAGCUUCGAUCGCUGGAUGCGAGAGCUUCGAUUGCCCCGGCUGGGGAUGGUUCAUCUGCCCCGACCGUGGGAGAAAAGGAGGGAAGAAGAUAAUACGUUAUUGAAUUCCAUCACGGUAUGCUGUGGUGGAUGUUUAUGUUAAUUGUUAUGUAGUUGUGUGUCUUGCUGCUUUUUAUGUAUGAUUGUCUGGCAAA